AUGCCGGCAUCGCAAAAAUGGGUUUCGACCGUUGCUAUCCAUAUUUCGCUUCUUCUCGGCGUUUUUGCCUACACAGUUUUUGGAGCACUCGUCAUACAAUAUCUCGAAUCAUCUGAAGAACCUGGUACUCGCUUGAAGCGGGAAGGGGACCCGGAUGCGUUCACCCGCGUCUACCUCGGCUCGGAGGUAUCCGCGAUGGAUCCAAAGGUACAUCAGUGCUUGGAGUGGGCGGUCAAACGAGUCAUGGCAAGCACUGACUGUGAUGACUAUCAAAUGGAGAACAUAAAUAUUGAUUUAAUCGAUGAGUGUUACGAAAAUGUGGAACUGCCUUCGGCAGGAUCAAAGGACGUACCUUUGAUUGGUUCAACGGCCAAAGAAGUUGAGGUCUCCACACAGCCAUCAAUUGAAGACGAGAUUGCGAAAGAAGUGGAGAAAUGGUCGUUCGGAAACGCGCUCAUCUUCACCUUCAGCGUUAUCACAACUAUA